UUGACUGGAAUGCGGAAAAUAGACGUCAUCAUAAUGUCAAUGGCAGUAAAGAAUCAUGUUCAUUAAAAUAUCGUAUAAAAUAUUAGGCGCUAUAGGUACGCUAUUGCAAUACGGAUGCGUAACUCACUGUGCGUUAGAAUAUAUCGGCGAUUUUGUCGUGUGUACAGGACCUUCGAUGGAACCAACAAUAUACAGCAAUGACGUGCUUUUUACUGAGCACGUAUCACCACGCUUACGUCGUAUACACAAAGGAGAUAUUGUCAUUGCAAAAUGUCCCUCUAAUCCAUGUCAACAUAUAUGCAAACGGGUUACUGGUCUUCCAGGGGAUAAAAUUUACAAUGGAUUUUCAACCUACGUUGUACCCAUUGGUCAUGUAUGGCUCGAAGGUGACAAUCACUAUAAUUCAACAGACUCUCGUAUGUAUGGCCCUGUUCCUCAGGGUCUCUUGAGAGGUCGUGCAAUGUGCAAGAUCUGGCCACCCAACGAUGUAACUAUCUUCACCACGAAUUUUAUUCAUCACGAGUGACAUGCGUAUUAUCUAAUUCGUAAUAUUCGAAAACAUGAAUGAAUUCUCAUACAAAAAUUGAAAAUCAUUCGGUUGAUAGUCUUUGGUGUUUUGUUUUUUUCUUACACAAUGUUAUUAUACAUACAUAUGUAUAAGUGAUCAUCUCAAGCAUGAAUGUACCGUUGAAGAUAUCAAGAAUAAACAGGAGGAGUAAUAUUUCGUCAUUGUGUUUCUUUUGUAAGAAUAACAAACUAUCUUCCAUUUGUAGAUCUUAUUGAAUGUAAGCUACAUGAUAAACCGCGGUUUUUAGUUGAAAAUUGUGUGGCUAAUAACAUUUGACUAGGUAAUUAUGAUUCAAAAAACCGCCAAAGUUCGAAUAGAAUUGUCGGUAUUGUUGAAAGGGCAGUGUUGAAAGAGGUAUCAUUCAGGCUAAUGUAGAAAAAUAAACGAUUCUAAAAAAUGCCAGUUUUCGAAAUUGAUUUUAUCUUCAUGUCAAAUGAUUUUUUUCAGCAUAAUGAGAAUAAUGAGGCUAACGAACAAUGGAAGCGUCGAUGACCAUCGCAGUCUAAAGUGCAGUAUAACACACAGUUUCAUGUACACAGUUAAAAAAUAUGUCUCAAUUUCUUGUUCUUUCUUCAACAUAAUGUUCUGCGAAUUCUAAAUUUUCGUCCGCAUUUUGGCUAGUGAGUUCUAACCAUAGUUGCGACAGCUAGAAAUAUUUCUGAACACCUAUUUUUUGCAAAUAAGAUAAAGAUGGUCGACGGGGUGAAGGCAUAGCUAUCGUCUAUCGGCACCACUGAACUCUUAUAAUGCCGUCACAGAAAGGCGACUAGCUGUGCGCUGUCGUUUUGGUCAGGUUUUAUUGUUAGUUUGGCACUGCCUUGCUUUGGCAGGGAAAGCAAUAUACGUGUAAACAAAAGUGAAGCAUCAAAUCUGUUUUACUUGUUGUAUUUUAGUGCAUACCGGCCAAAUAUCAUGCCUCCAAAUUUGUUCACAUGAACAAAUUUCCAGCUAUGCGAUAAACAUAGUCUCACAUUAGUUAAUAACAUGAAUAUCCGACCAGGCUAAGUAUCACAAGG